AUGACUUCCACCGCACAGAACCUCUCCUUUGUCCUGCAAGGAAUCCACCAGGUCAAAUUCGAAGACCGUCCCAUCCCAGAGCUGAAGAACCCGCACGAUGUGUUGAUCAAUGUCAAAUAUACCGGUAUCUGUGGUAGCGAUGUGCACUACUGGGAACACGGUGCGAUCGGUUCAUUCGUGGUCAAAGACCCAAUGGUGUUGGGCCACGAGUCCGCGGGUAUCAUUACCCAGGUCGGAUCGGCGGUCAGCUCAUUGAAGGUGGGCGACCGCGUCGCUAUGGAGCCCGGUAUCUGCUGUCGUCGGUGUGGACCCUGCAAGGGUGGAAAGUACAACUUGUGCGAGAACAUGGUCUUUGCGGCGACUCCCCCGUACGAUGGUACCCUGGCCAAGUACUAUGUUCUGCCUGAGGAUUUCUGCUACAAGCUUCCCGAGAGCAUGUCCCUGCAGGAGGGUGCUCUCAUGGAGCCGUUGAGUGUUGCCGUUCACAUUGUUCGACAGGCUCGGGUUAGCCCCGGACAAUCGGUGGUGGUCUUUGGUGCCGGUCCCGUUGGUCUGCUGUGCUGUGCCGUCGCAGCCGCCUUUGGAGCGUCCAAGGUUAUUGCCGUUGAUAUUCAGCAGCCUCGUCUGGACUUUGCUCAGAAAUACGCAACCACAUCCACUUUCAUGCCUAGCAUGGUGCCCGCAACAGAGAAUGCUGAGCGGUUAAUUAAGGAGAAUGACUUGGGCGCUGGUGCUGAUGUCGCUAUUGAUGCCUCCGGCGCGGAGCCGUCGGUGCACACCGGUAUCCAUGUCCUCCGUAACGGCGGCACCUACGUGCAGGGUGGUAUGGGCCGGAGCGAGAUUCAGUUCCCUAUCAUGGCUGCUUGCUCCAAGGAGCUGACUCUCCGAGGAAGCUUCCGCUACGGCAGCGGUGACUACAAGCUAGCAGUCGAUCUGGUUUCAUCGGGCAGGGUGGACGUGAAAAGUUUGAUCACAGGAACCGUCAAGUUUGAGGAGGCCGAGGACGCUUUCAAGGGAGUCAAGGCUGGAAAUGGCAUCAAAACCCUCAUUGCCGGGAUUGACGCGUAA